AUGGAUCCCAUCUCAAUCACGGGCCUGAUCGUGGACGUCAGCCACAUCAUAGCCCGUCUGAUCAAGUACGCCCAAGCUGUACAAGGAGCAAGGUCCGAAAUGCGAAAGCUCAGCGAAGAAUUAUUUGCCCUACGAGGCAUUCUCGACCAUUUGCAAUCACAGUCCUCAUCAGAGAUCCCGAAGGUCCAGCAUAUCGAGUCGGAAAAUUCGACUCCCUUUAACGAAGAUAUCAUGGAUAAGGUUCUUCAAACAACGAAAGAAUUUCUUGAUUCCAUUCUAAAAGACCUAGAGCCGGCAGAAAGUAAGCUGCAAAGUUUAAAACAGAAGCUGGAAUGGCCCUUUACAGAGGCAAAAGUCACUGCUCAUCUUACUCGUUUGGAAAGAGUGAAGUCUUGGUUGAUACUAGUUCUUACUGCAGAUCAUGGUGCGGUUGAGAGGGAUCUGCAGCGAGAAAUUGGGAGCCUGGCACGAUCUUUGACUGAGGAGUUGAAAAUCAGGGAGCAGGAAAGAGAUCAGAUGGCCAAUAACGAACUGUUCCAAUGGAUGGCUCCCGUGAGCCCGGCAAAUUCACAUCUGCAGGCUAGUGAGAGACGUAACAUUGCCUCUGGAAAAUGGUUUAUCAAUGGCCAUCUUGAGCAUUGGCUGCAAUAUGGAGAUAGGAAGAUCUUCUUCCUUGUGGGAAAAUCUGGUACUGGAAAGACCACAUUGUUGUUAGUAUAUACCACGGACAAGGUACAUUUGACAUACACUUAUCACAAUCCUUAUAGUGCCCAGUGUGUUGAUGAAAUUGUCUCGAUGGCCUCGCGAGAUUCAGCUCUCAGCAUUGCAUACUUCUACUGCACCAUGAGUAACUCGGCCUCUCAACUCCCAGUUAACGUGCUAGGAUCAUUGGUCGCUCAGCUCUCGGGAAAGGACCCUUCGAUACUCGACAACAUCCGCCCAAUUUACAACGAUAUCCCUAAGUCUCAGGCUCACAAGCGCACCAUUGAUAUCGCUGUUCUUGAAGAUGCCAUCAUCAACCAUGCUUCUGGCAAGACCAAGAUUAUCAUCCUGGUGGACGCUAUCAAUGAAAGCCAUGACACAAGACACAUCGAGCUUUCUCUCUUGAGACUUGCCAACCUGGCCCCAAAUAUUCGCAUCGUAGUAACAACUACAUCGACCAUGAUCAAACGAGGUGUCGACAUGCUCAAUAUCAGCGCGAAUAUGAUGUUGGGUGAUAUCAAGGCGUAUAUAAAUCAUCGAUUGGAGUCUGACGAGGCACUGCGGGGACAAAAGCCCGAAUUCAAAGCUGAAAUUCAGAAGAGAUUAUCCGACAAUGCUGAUGGAUCGUGA